GACACAAAUUUAAAAAAAAAGAAUGACCAGGUUGGAAUUGAACUUAUACAACUGCCUUGUUCCCAGAAAGAUCACUUUGUGUGAUACGCCUGGAGUGAUGUCCCUUCGACAAACCAUCAAAGGGACAUAACCGCUGAUCAUAAUGCACGAGGAGACCGAAACGGGUGGUUCCAGCUUUCGAAAUAUGUCACAUAUGUGUGUAAGGAAGUUAACAUCAGAAGAUCCAACAGUACAUGAUGGAAAUACAAACCCAACCACAACAUCCUGGCUCUGUCAUUGAAACAGAUGUAAUCAUGGACUGGGAGAGAGCCUUUUCAACUACCUGAUCUCAAGAGCCACUUAAUGAUUUACAAGGGGGAAUCCCUGACUGUCAGAGAGCAUUGGUGGAAACAGCUGAUUCCAAGAAGUGCAAUAAUUGUGCCAGUAAAGCUGUUUGAGUGUUGCAAGUUUGGGAAAAUAGAGAUGUCAGUGAUGGAGUCUUGCUUCAAAAGUGUUGUGAGUACUUUAAAGAAUUUUCAUCAGCAAGUUAGGUGAAGAAACACUUGAGAAAUCACGGUGGACUGACAUUUUAUUUUUGUAGAAAGUGUGGGAUAGAAUCAUGGCAAAUAGCCACCAGAAGACACACAUGAAGACAUGUCAGAGUUACCACGGUGAUGUGCAUUGGAAACAUGAAUGUGGGAAAGUGUUUACAACAUCAUCAUCUAGGAACAUGCAAAGAUAUGGAGAGUCAUGACAUGAAGAGACAAUACUCAGUUGUGUGUUGAAUAUGUUUACAAGACCAAGUACAUUGCAGAGACACAUAAUGAGUCUAAGUGAAAUAAAGCCCCUUGAGUGUGAUGUGUGUGGGGAAGUAUUUAAAACAUCAUGGAGCAUGAAGACACAUCAGAAGGGUCUUCACUGUGGACUCCAGCUGUAAAGUAUACUAAAUGUGGGAAAACAUUUACUCUAAGGGGUACUCUGAAGACACAAUGAAGAGUCACAGUGGAGUCGAGCUGUUUACGUGUGCUGAAUGUGGGAGAACUUUUACACAAAGAAAUAAUCUGAAGAGACACAUGAGGCUUCACAGUGAUAUCAAGCCUUUUAAGUGUGCUGAAUGUGGGAAGGAGUUUGUACAAGCAUCAACCCUGCAAACUCACAUGAUGAAUCAUAAUGGAAUCAAGCCUUACAAGUGUGAGGAGUGUGGGAAAAGAUUUACCCGAAGAGAUACUCUGAAGACACACAUGGGGGUUCACAGUGAUACGAAGCCUUUUAAAUGUGGUGAAUGUGGGAAACAGUUUUCACAAGCAGGUAGUCUGCAGUCUCAUAUGCUGACUCACAGUGGAAUCAAGCCUUACAUGUGUGAUGCCUGCGGGAAAUCAUUUACAUUGAGAGAUACUCUGAAAACACACAUGAGGAUUCACAGUGGUAUCAAGCCUUUUAAGUGUGUUGAAUGUGGGAAAGAGUAUGCUCGAGCCGAUAGCCUUAGGUCUCACAACCUGUGUCACAGUGGAGCCAAGCCAUAUGCGUGUAGUGAGUGUGGGAAAGCGUUUCCAUUGAGAAAUACUCUGAAGACACAUAUGAGGAUUCACAGUGGUGUCAAGCCUUUUAAGUGUGGUGAAUGUGGGAAGGAGUUUGCACUAGCAGCUACCCUGCGGACUCACAUUCAGAGUCACAAUAGUGUGAAGCCUUAUGAGUGUAGUGAGUGUGGGAAAACAUUUACACAAAGCAGGUAUCUGAAGACACACUUGAGGAUUCACAGUACUGUUAAACCUUUUAAGUGUGGUGAAUGUGGGAAGGGGUUUGCACGAGCUGACAGACUACAGUCUCACGUGAUGCAUCACAGGGGAGUGAAGGCUUACAAGUGUGAUGACUGUGGAAAGACAUUUACACUGGGAAGUAAUCUGAAGAGACACAUGAGGAUUCAUAAUGGAACCAAGUCUCAAGUAUAGAGAGAGCAGGGACUUGUUAACACCAGUAAGGAAGCUUUUCACAUUCAGGUAACUUGCAGUCAAGGAGGAGGAGGAAAGUGUUUGCAACAUCAUGAAGCAUGACAAUUCACCAGAAGAGGCUUCACAGUGGAAUCCAGGUAACAUUUAUGGAAUCAGAAUUACCACAUUAUUUAUGGGCUCAUGCCCUAAAGUGAGGUGACAGUGGAUGGAACAAUCACAACAUCAAGUUGUCUGAAGUCACACAGACAUCAUGGAGUCGUGCCCUGAAAGUGUGGUGAGACUUGGAGGAACAUUCCCAGCAUCAAGUUGUCCGAAGCAGUCAGAGAGCAUCAUCAAGUUAUCCAGCCCCAGAAGUGUGCAGAGUGGCAUCAUCAGAGUAAAGUUAAGCCUCACUACUAAAGCUAAUGGCAUGAGUAUUACCUUGGUCAUGGGGACCUUGUCAUAACUUCAUCGGCCAGUGACAACUGUCAAUAGGCCCGUAAGUAGGUCAUGGCAAUUCAUGAGACCUUACAUUAUUUAGUACUUCAGGUGACAAACAACGUUUCAUACCUUUUAGAAUGGUCUUGGUUUUGCCAGUUUACAGUAAGGAACCGAUAAUCCUUGUUGGAAUAACAAAAUUCCAAUCUAACUAUCCCCAUUUUAGCCAACUAUUACGACUGUCAACAGCUGUGACGGCCAAGCAUAGUAGUACACUUAGUCCAGUCUAGUAAAGUCA